UUCUAGAACUUGCACGUGACGUUGUUUGAUAAAAUCAUCGGGGUCAUUGAUUACUUACUGACAGAAAUCCGCAGUAGAUUAAUGCAAGUACAUUGUACAUUCACAUGCAUCGAUUUUAUAAGACCAAAGUUAAAGUGUAGUUUUCAAUCAUUACUUAAUAUCUUAUCAAAAUCAGUCAUUCCAAUGGAAAUCAAGCAGACCACAGAAAACAAUUUCAGUAAUGUAUUUUGAAAAGGAAAUUUAUUUGAAAUCGUCACGAUCGCAGUUAACCAUUUGAGGUUCACAGCAUGUCGGUUUAAGUAUAAAAGCAAAUACAAUCUGCAGACACACACUAAACUUGUAAAAUAUAAAUAGGAGCACAAUACCUGACAUUGUGAAAUUUCGUGGAGAAAUCAAAUUCUAAAAAAGAAAAUAUGGGUAAUCUUUUGUAUUUCAAAUACACAAAGGCAUUAUGUAUGGCUUUGAUAUUUGUCUCAAACAGCAAAAACGCGAAUGCAGAAAGCCGUGGAUUAGCACUUGAAGAUGAAGUUGUCUCAAUUUACAGCAAAAACUUCACAAAUAUUCCCAAGGACAGGGAGCCAUUUUAUGUAAAGGUACAUCGAUGUGUACUCAACAUGACAGACGACGGUUACAAUGUUCCAGGUCUCGAAUAUUAUCCCCAACCCACAAAAAUGAAAGAAAUUGAGAUCGCCGUUGCUGAUUUAAAAAGCUACAAGAAGUUUUAUAAAUAUAUUGUCUACGAUCACAUUUCUUGUAACUGGAAGAAGUGGUUAGGCCAGCCAAUGAACUUUGAUUUACACAAGAACCUUACUUCAAACGAAAUUAACGAAACAGAAUUUAAAUCUAAGGUUAAAUACAAUCCACCAAACGUGAGAGGAUGUAAUGACUACUGCAAGAAUCAACAGCCACGUUUUAAUGUACACAGUGAACCCAUGGCAGUUAAUAUAGAUCAACUUUUCAUACCAUUCAAACAAUGCCUGCCUGGUUGCAAAGCAACAGAGAACAUUCGCAAUGUUAGCACGAAACUCAAAAAUGGCUUCUAUAAGCAUUUAAAGAUCAUAAGACAUACAUCUUGCAAUCGUUGGAGCCCAUCUACGCAAUCACAAACCGAUAGCAAUUUACUGGCUGUUUUAAACAUCUCGAAAUCACAAAGUUUGAAUAAACAUCAAAGGGGAAGUGAUGAAGAUAUCAAACACAUUUUGUUAAAUAAAGGAUUGUUCCUCUACAUCACAUCACCUAAAAUGAUGUUUGCUGCUUUCGUCCUCUCAAUUGUCCUCAUUUCAAUACUUAUUCUGGACUGCAAUUUGUGUUGUCGUAAAAAAGGAAUAAUGUAUUUGUUGAUGACUUGUGGAAAGAAUAAAGAGUGCGAAGAUUGCAUAAGAAGACGUCAAACCAUGAUCGAAAUGGUUUAAUAGAAUGCUGAAAAGACACAAAUCAAAAGAAAUGAAGAAUACAGAGAACCAGACUGAGUCAUCAAUAAAAAUUGAUGCAGACACAGGAAAUGACCCCACAAGAACAAGACUUGAAUUAGUUGUGACGUGGUCAGCGUAAAUGCAGAAAAAUUAUGGGUACUAAUACAAUUAAAUCUAACAAAAUUAAUAUCAGCGUACUGAUAUAACUAUGUUUUUCCUGGUAUCUCGCAUUUGAAGUAGCUUGUAAAUCUCCGUUUGUCCAUUUUGAGAAUUAUAGACACACCUUGUUUAAUCUGCUACAUGCUUAUUUUUUAUUUAUUUCUUCUGGUUAUAUAACAAACUUGAAUUUUCCUGUGGUCAAGAUAGAAAUUAAGGCAAAACAUUCCGCUAUAACAAUAAUAUAUGCCAUCUAAACUUUA